UGCGGGCGGGGGCAACAGUCUCGCAAGCUGUGUCAAGGCCACCAGCUGCAGUGCCGGCAGUGGCAACAGUCUCGCAAGCUGCGCCAAGGCCACCAGCUGCGGCGCCGGCAGUGGCAACAGUCUCGCAAGCUGCCCCAGGGCUAGGGCCCGCGGCACCAGCAAUGGCAAAAGGCUCGCAAGCUGCCCCAGGGCCCGUGGCGCUGGCGUUGGCAAAAGUCUCGCAAGCUGCACCAGGGCUAGGGCCCGCGGCGCCGGCUGUGGCAAAAGUCUUGCAAGCUGCACCAGGGCUAGGGCCUGCAGCGCCAGCAGUGGCAAAAGUCUCUCAAGCUGCUCAAGGGCCUGCAGUGCCAGUAGUGGCAAGAGUCUCGCAAUCUGCCCCAACACUGGGGCCUGUGGUGCCGGCAGUGGCAAGAGUCUCGCAAGCUGCUCCAGGGCCUGCGGUGCUGUCAUUGGCAAGAGUCUCGCCAGCUGCCCCAGGGCCGGGGCCUGCGAUGCCGAUGUUGGCAAGAGUCUCGCCAGCUGCCCCAGGGCUGGGGCCUACGGUGCCGGUGUUGACAAGAGUCUCGCCAGCUGCCCCAGGGCCGGGGCCCAUGGUGCCUGCGUUGGCAAGAGUCUCGCCAGCUGCCCCAGGGCCGGGGCCUGUGGUGCCGGCGUUGGCAAGAGUCUCGCCAGCUUCCCCAGGGGCGGGACCUGCUGUGCUGGCAUUGGCAAGAGUCUCUCCAGCUGCCCCAGGGCCAGGCCUUGUGAUGCCGGCAGUGGCAAGAGUCUCGCCAGCUGCUCCAUGGCUUGCAGUGCCAGCAGUGGCAAGAGUCUCGCCAGCUGCCCCAAAGCCAGGGCCUGUGAUGCCGGCAGUGACUAAAGUCUCAGAAGCAGUCCUAGGGCCGACUCCUGUGGCACCAGCAAUGGCAAAAGUCUCAGACACUGCUCCUCAUCCUACAACACUGGCAGUGGCAAAAGUCUCCGAAGCAUCCCCUGUGCCUCGACCUGUGGCGCUAGCCAUGGCAAAAGUCUCGGACACUGCCCCACAGCCUGUGGUGCCGGCAGUGGUAAAAGUCUCAGAAGCUGCCGCAGUACCUCGACCUGUGGCACUGGCAAUGACAAAAAUCUCCGAAGCUAGCCCAGGGCCUGCACCUGUGGUGCCAGCAGUGGCAAAAAUCUCUGAAGCUGCCCCUGGACUUGGACCUGCAGAACAGGGUGUGGCAAAAAGCUCAGAAGCAGACCCAGGGCCUGGACCUGCAGUGCCAGCAGCAGCAAAAGCUUCAGAAGCUGUCUCAGGGCCUGUGGCACCGCCUGUGGCAAAAGGUGAUGACACUUCAAAAGAUGACAAAGCACGUGGGAAAAGCACCCACAAGAGCAGUGAUAAAAAUAAACAAGAUGCAAAAAAAGCAAAGAAGAGUCGAUCUAAAUCUCUUUCCAGAUCACGAAAGCGGAGAAAAAAGACAAGGUCACGCUCUACUUCUAGGCAGGUUACCUCUAAAAGAGCAAGUUCUAGGAGCAGGAACCUCUCAGAUUCUCGGAAAAAUCAUUCUGCAUCACAUCGCAAAUCCAGAUCUCGGUCUGUUGAAAGAAGGGAUCCCAAAGAGUCUUCAAGGAGAUCAAGACACAGACACUCCAAGUCUUCUGAUCAUGAUGGGUCUCGAUCCCGGUCUGCAGAAAAAAGAGAUCGUAAUGAGUCUUUACGGAGAUCCAGACGCAGACGUUCUAGAUCAUCUGAGCGCUACAAAUCUAGGUCAAGAUCUGUUGAAAGAAGAACUCGUGCAGACUCUCCAUGGAGAUACAGAUGGAAUCGUUCCAGGUCCUCAGAUCGCUACAAGUCUAGAUCAAGAUCUGUUGAAAGACGAGGUCGAAGAGAUUCCCCUUGGAGAUACAGGCGCAAUCGCUCCAGGUCCUCGGAUCGCUCCAAGUCUAGAUCCCGGUCUCUGGAUAGAAGAGGUCGCAGAUACUCUCCAUGGAGGUAUAGGCGCAAUCGCUCUAGGUCUUCAGAUCGUUCCAAGUCUAGAUCCUGGUCUGUGGAUAGAAGAGGUCGCAGAGACUCUCCAUGGAGAUAUAGACGCAAUCGUUCCAGGUCUUCAGAUCGUUCUAAGUCUAGAUCCCGGUCUCUGGAUAGAAGAGGUCACAGAUAUUCUCCUUGGAGAUACAGGCACAAUCGCUCUAGGUCUUCAGAUCACUCUAAAUCUAGAUCCAGAUCUGUUGGAAGAAGAGGUUGCAGAGACUCUUCACGGAGGUCGAGACGUAAACGCUCCAGGUCCUCAGAUCAUUAUAAGUCUAGGUCCAGGUCACUGGGGAAGAGAGAUAGAAAGGAGUCUUCUCGGCGAUCUAAACAUAAACGUUCCAAGUCUUCGGACCGUUACAAAUCUAGGUCUAGAUCUGAUGGAAAAAGAGGUUGCAGAGACUCUUCACAGAGGUCGAGACGCAGACGUUCCAGGUCCUCAGAUGAUCGUUACAAGUCUAGAUCCAGGUCUGUGGGCAGAAAAGAGAGGAAGGAAUCUUCACGGCGGUCUAAACGUAAACGCUCCAAGUCCUCUGAGCAUUAUAAAUCUAGAUCGAGAUCUGUUGACAAAACAGGGGGCAAGGAGCCUUCACAGAGGUCUAAACAUAGACGAUCCAGGUCUUCAGCCCAUUACAAAUCUAGAUCCAAAUCUCUUGACAAGCGGCAGGGCAAAGUGUCAUCACAGAAAUCUGAAAGUAGACGCUCAAAGUCUUCUGAAUGUGACAAACCUAGAUCUAAAUCUGUUGAAAAAAUUGAAGGCCAGAAGUCUUCAGUAGAGUCCAAAAAUAGAUGCACUGAGCUUUCUGAAGGCCAAGAGUCAGGAUCCAAAUCUGUUGAAGAAAUGGGAGGCCCAAAAUCUUCAUUGGAGUCUGAAGAUAGAUGCUCUGAGCUUUCUGAAGGCCAGGAAUUGGGAUCCAAAUCUGCUGAAGAGGUGAUGGGCCCAAAACCUUCAUUGGAAUCUGAAAAUAGAUGCUCUGAGCUUUCUGAAGUCCAGGAGUCAGAAUCUAAAUCUGUUGAAGAAACAGGGGGCCCAAGACCUUCAGUGGAGUAUGAAAACAGAAGCUCUGAACACUCUGAAGGUCAAGAGUCAAGAUCCAAAUCUGUUGAAAAAAUAAAGCACCAGGAGUCUUUGGUAGUGCCUGAAGCUAAACUCUUAGACUCUUCUGCAGGUGGUGAACCUAGAUCUGUAGCUGUUGAAGAAAUUCAGGAGCCUUUAUUGAGAACUGAAAAUACACACUCGGAGUUUCCUGUAUGUGAAGGACUUAAUUCUGAAUCUGUUGAAAAAAUAGAGGGCCAGCAACCUUUGACCUCUGAAAGUAUGUACUCUGAGUUUUCUGAACACAAUGGACCUAGAUCUGAAUCUGUCACAAAGUUAGAGAGCCUGAUACCUUCAGUGGGGUCUGAAAGUAUGCACCCCAAGUCAUCUGAAUGUGAAAGACCUAUAUCUAAAUCUGUUGAAGAAAUAGACAAACAGGAGCUUUCACUAAGCUCUGAAAAUAGGUGUUCUGAACCUCCUGAGCACCACAAGUCAAGACCUAGUGCUGUUGAAAAAAUAGCAAGUGAGGAGUCUUCCCUGAGGUCUGAUAGUGUAUGUUCUGAGCUUCCUGAAUGUGACAGACGUGUACCCCAAGUACUUGAAAAAAUGGAAAGCCAAGAACCUUUGCUGAAACCUGAAAGUAAACUCUCUGAAUCUCCUGAACCUGAGAGAGCUAGAUCUAAAUCUGGUGAUAAAAGUGAGAGUUGGGAGCCUUUAGUGGGGUCUGAAAAGUCUUCUCGCCAGAUUUGGAUUGUGCCUUGUGAUGUUCAGAAAACAAAGGUACAGGAGACUUUCCUAAGGUCUGAAAUCAUAUACUCUGAGUCUCUGGUGCCUGAUGAACCCAAAUCCAAAUCUAUUCAAAUAACAAAGAGGCAGGAAGCUUUGCUGAGCUUGGAAAGUGGACCCCUUGAAUCCUGUGAAGACAUUGAACUGAACUCCAAGUCUGUGGAUAAAAUAGAGGAACGGGAGCUUUUGCUGAGCUCUGAAAACAGAUCUCCUGAAUCUGCUGAAGGCCCAAAACUGAUGUCUGAAUUUGUGGAAAAAAUAAGGGAACAGGAGCUUUCCCCAGAGAGCAGAAUCCCUGAAUCUGGUGAAGGCUUUGAACCUAGAUCUCAGUCUAUGGGAAAAAUGGCAGCUCAACAGUCUGCUCUGACCUCUGAGUGUAGACCCCUUGAAUCUGGUAAAGACCUUGAGCUGAAGUCUGACUCUGUGAAAAUCAUAAAGGUAUGGGAGCCUUUGCUGAGCUCGGAGAGGAAAGCCUUUGAUUUUAGUGAAGGUCUCGACCUUACAUCUGAAGCUAUGGAGAGCAUAGAGGCACAGGAGAAUUUGUUGAGCUCUAAGAGCGGACCUCUGAUGAAGAAAUCUGGUGAAGGCCACAGUCUGAGGUCUCAGUCUUUGGAAAGCAAAUUGGUACUGGAGCCUUCACUGAACUCUGAAAGUGGACCACUUGGAUCUGAUCAAAACCUUGAACCCAGAUCCGAGUCUAUGGAAAAAUUAGAGGGACAAGAGCAAUGGUUGAGCCCUAGGAGUACAGCCCUUGAAUCUGUUGAAGGCCUUGAGCUGAGAUCCAAGUCUGUGGAAAUCCAGGAAGCAGAGGAGCCCUUGCUGAGGUCUGAGAGCAGACUCAACUCUGGUGAAAGUCUUGAACUGAGGUCUGAGUCUGUAGGAAAAAUAGAAGUACAGGCAUCUACCCUGAGCCUUGAGACUGGAAUCCUUGACUCUAGUGAAAGCUUUAAACUAAGAUCCAUGUCUUUUGAAAAAAUAGAGGGACAGGAAGUUGCUUCUGAGAACAGAUCUCUUGAAUCUGGUGAAGACCCUGAAACAAGGUCCGAGUCUGUGGAAAAAAUCAAAGAGCAGGUGCUGUCACUGAGUCUUGAAAAUAGACCCAAGGAAACCAGUGAAGGCCUGGAACCCAUGUCUGAAUUUGUGGAAAAAAUAGAGGAACAGGCGCUGUCAUUGAGCUCUGAAAUCAGACCCUGGGAAUCUGUUGAGGGCCGUGAACCCCUGUCAGAGUCUGUGGAAAAAAUGGAGAGACAGAUGCUGUCUCGGAGUCCUGAAAGCAGAAUCUGGACAUCUCAUGAAGGCCUGGAACCCACGUCUGAGUUUGUGGAAAAAACUGUGGAACUGGAGUUGCCUCUGACCUCUGAAAGCAGACCACUGGAAUCUGGUGAAGGCAUUGAACUGAGACCUGUGUUUGUGGAGAAAAUUGAGGAACAGGUGCCAUCAUUGUGCUUUGAAAGCAGACCUCUUGAAUCUGGUGAAGGUCUUGAAUCAAGGUCCAAGUCCAUGGAAGAAAUUGAGGAACAGCCACUGACAUGGAGCUCUGGAAGGAAACCCAUUGGAUGUAGGCUUUUAGAGCAAAGUGGGGAACUAGGGCGGUCACUGAGCUCUGAAAGGAGACUCCUGGAAUCUGGUAAAGGCCUUGAACCAAGGUCCAAGUCCAUCGAAACUGAGGGACAGAUGCCACAUUGGAGCCCUGAAAGGAGACCCCUUGAAUCUGGCAAAGACCUUGAACUACAGCGUGAAUCAGUGGAAGAAAUUGAGGAGAAGGGACCAUCAGCAAGCCCUGAAAGCAGGCACCUUGAUUCUUGUGAAAGUUUUGAGCUGUUGUCCCAAUCUGUGGAAGAAACUGAGGAACAGACGCCACAUUGGAGCCCUGAAAGGAGACUCCUUGAAUCUGGUGAAGGCCUUGAGCUGCCAUCUGAGUCUAUAGAAGAAACUGAGGAACAUGUCCCAUCCCUGAGCCCUGAAAAUCGACCCCUUGCAUCUGGUGAAGGCUUUGAACUGCUGUCUGAGUCCAUGGAAGAAAUUGAGGGACAGGUGCCAUCACUGAGCCCUGAAAGCAGACCUCAUGAAUCUAGUGAAGGCCUUGUUCUGCCAUCUGAGUCCAUGGAAGAAAUUGAGGAACGGGCGCCAUCACUGAGCCCUGAAAGAAGACCCCUUGAAUCUGGGAAAGGCCUUGAGCUGCUGUCCGAGCCCAUGGAAGAAAUUGAGGCACGGGUGCCAUCACUGAGCCCUGAAAACAGGGCCCUUGAAUCUGGCACAAGCCUUGACUUGCCAUCUGAGUCCAUGGAUGAAAUUGAGGGAAAGAUUCUGUCACUGAGCCCUGAAAGCAGAUCCCUUGAAUCUGGUGAUGGUCUUGAACAAAGGUGUGAGUCCUUGGAAGAAAUUGAGGAGCAGGCACUAUCACCGGGUCCUGAAAGCAGACCCCUUGAAUCUGGUGAUGGGCUUCAGCUGCUGUCCAAGUCAGUGGAAGAAAUUGAGGGACAGGUACUGUCACUGAGUCCUGAAAGCAGAUCCCUUGAAUCUGGCGAAGGUCUUGAACCAAGGUCUGAGUCAGUGGAAGAAAUUGAAGGACAGGCGCUGUCACCAAGUCCUGAAAGCAGAUCCCUUGAAUCUGGUGAAGGUCUUGAACCAAGGUCUGUGUCUGUGGAAGAAACUGAGGAACAGGCACUGUCACAAACUCCUGAAAGAAGACCCUUUGAAUCUGUUGAAGGGCUUGAAUUGCUGUCUGAGUCUGUGGAAGAAAUUGUGGGACAGGCAUUGUCACUGAGCCCUGAAAGUAGAUCCCUUGAAUCUGGUGAAGGUCUUGAACUAAGGUCUGAGUCUGUGGAAGAAACUGAGGAACAGGGGCUGUCACUGAGUCCUGAAACCAGACCCCUUGAACCUAGUGGAGGCCUUGAGUUGCCUUCUGAGUCUGUGGAAGAAAUUGCAGAACGGGCAUUGUCACUGAGUACUGAAAGUAGAUCCCUUGAAUCUGGUGAAGGCCUUGAACCAAGAUCUGAGUCCUUGGAAGAAAUUGAGGAACAGGCCCUGUCACUGAGUCCUGAAAGCAAAUUUGUCGAAUCCAGCAAAGCUCUUGAAGUGCCGCCUGAGUCUAUGGAAGAGAUUGAGGGACAGGUUCUGUCACUGAGCCCUGAAAGCAGAUCCCUUGAAUCUGGGGAAGGCCUUGAACCAAGGUUUGAGUCCGUGGAAGAAAUUGAGGAACAGGCGCUGUCACCAAGUCUUGAAAGCACAACCUUUGAGUCUGGUGAAGGCCUUGAACUGGCAUCCAAAUCCAUGGAAGAAACUGAAGGAAAGACACUAUCACUGAGCCCUGAAAACAGAGCUCUUGAAUCUGGUGAGGGUCUUGAGCUGAGGUCUGAGCCUGUGGAAGAAACUGAAAGACAGGUAUUGUCACCAAGCCCUGAAAGUGGACCUCUUGAAUCUGGCAAAGGCCUUGAACUGCCAUCUGAGUCUGUGGAAGAAAUUGCAGAACAUGUUCCAUCACUGAGCCCUGAAAGCAGACCCUUUGAAUCUGGGGAAGGCCUUGAACUGCCAUCUGAGCCCACGGGAGAAACUGAGGAACAGAUGCCAUUGUUGUGCCCUGAACACAGAUCCCUUGAACUGCCGUCUGGGCCCAUGGAAGAAAUUGAAGGAAAGGCACCAUCCCCGUGCCCUGAAAGCAGACCACUUGAAUGUGGUGACAGCUUUGAACUGAGGUCCCAGUCUGUGGAAGAAAUUGAAGGACCAGAGUUGUCUCUGACCUCUGAAAGCAAGCCCCUGGAGUCUGAUGAAGAACUUGAACUGUGGUCUGAGGCUGUGAAAAUAAAUGAGGAACAGGUGCUGUCAUCAAGCUCUGAAAGUAGGCCCCUUGUUUCUAGCGAAGACCUUGAUCUGCCGUCCGAGUCCAUGGAAGAAAUUGAAGGACAGGCACCAUUACUGAGUCCUGAAAGCCGACCCUUUGAAUCUGGUGAAGGCUUUGAGCCAAGGUCUGAAUUUUUGGAAAAAAAGGGAGAUGAACUAUCACUGUGGUAUGCAAGUAGAAUCUCAGAACCCUCUGAAUGUGACAGACACAGAUCCAAGUCUGUAGAAGAAGUAGAGGGGCCUUUAGUGAGAUCUGAAAGUAGGGGUUCCAAGUCUCCCGGUCGCCACAAGUCUAGGUCCAAAUCUGUGCAAAAAGCAGAGCGCAAGAUGUCUUCACGGAGAUAUAGACGUAAACGCUCCAGAUCUUCUGAUCACCACAAAUCUAGAUCCAAAUCUGCUGAAAAAACAGAGAGCAAAGAGUCUUCACAGAGGUCUAGAAGUAAACGCUCAAGGUCUUCUGAGCGCAGAUCUCAUAAACAUGAUACUGAAUCGCGUUCUAGACGGAAUCGGUCCAAAUCGGCAACCCGUAAAAGGCUAUCAAGAUCUAAAUCUAACCAUCGGUCUCGGACUCGUUCAUUAUCCCGUUCAAGGCACAGAAAAAAGUCUCAAUCAAGAUCAGCGUCAAGAAAGAGGCAGUCUUUAUCUAGAGAGAGGCGGAAAAGAUCUCAGAGAAACAGAUCAAGGUCUGCAGAUAGGAGGAAGAGGAGGUCAAAUUCAAGAGAUCUCCGAGUCUCGCUCAGGUUACGGUCUAGGAGUCGAUCGCCUCUUCGUUCAAAACGGUCUAGAUCAAGGGGAAGAAGACGGAGCGCUAGUAGGUCACCGAUUCGAGCAAGGAGAUCAAGAUCAUCUGGGAGAAGAAGGGGUUACAGCAGAUCACCUGAUCGCCGAAGGUCCAGGUCCUCUGAAAGGUCACCUAAACGUCUUACAGACUUGGACAAGGCCCAGCUACUUGAAAUAGCCAAAGCUAAUGCAGCUGCCAUGUGUGCUAAGGCUGGUGUCCCAUUACCACCAAGCCUGAUGCCUAUUAUAGCUCCAGCAAAGAAGGAAGACAAAGAUACUCAGAAGUCAGCAAGGGACACUCUAAAAGAGCUCACUGAGAAAUGCAAAAAGAUUGCACAGAGCACGGAUGAUGUGAUAGUGAACAAACCUCAUGUUUCUGAUGAAGAGGAGGAAGAGCGCCCAUUUUAUAAUCAUCCCUUUAAACUCAAUGAACCCAAGCCCAUUUUUUUCAACUUAAGUAAGACUCCUGCCAUUAAACCAGCACCAACACCAAAAAAUCAGGUCACUUUGACAAAGGAGUAUCCUGUCUCAUCUGGGUCUCAACACAGAAAAAAAGAAGCGGAUAGUGUCUAUGGAGAAUGGGUUCCAGUUGAGAAAGGAAAAGAAGAAAGCAAGGAUGAUGUUUUCCCGAAACUACCCCCUGGACAGAUUGUAGACAUCUCUACAGCCAUGAAUGAUCGAACAAAGGCUCAGAAGAGGCUUACACAGAAUACAUUUGAUUUAGAAGCCAUGUGCAUGUUAAACCGUGCACAGGAACAGAUUGAUGCCUGGGCUCAGUCAAACUCUCUGCCGGGCCAGUUCACUGGAAGUACUGGAGCACAGGUUUUGUCCUCAGAUGCAUUGUCCAACAGUGGUCCUCAAGCCUGGAUUAGAAAGGAUCAGUUCUUAAGAGCAGCCCCAGUAACUGGAGGAAUGGGAGCUCAGCUGAUGAGAAAAAUGGGCUGGAGAGAAGGAGAAGGAUUAGGAAAAAACAAAGAAGGCAGUGUGGAGCCUAUUUUAGUUGAUUUUAAGACUGAUCGAAAAGGUCUUGUUGCAGUGGGAGAAAAGGCACAAAAGAGAUCCGGACAUUUCAGUGUGAUGAAGGAUCUUUCAGGUAAACAUCCAGUUUCUGCACUGAUGGAGAUCUGUAAUAAAAGAAGAUGGUCACCACCUGAAUUCGUAUUGGUGGAUGAUAGUGGGCCUGAUCAUCGCAAACACUUUAUCUUUAAGGUGAUGGUCAAUGGGAAUGAAUACAGGCCUACCUUUGCCAGCCUUAAUAAGAAGCAUGCUAAAGCCACAGCAGCAACUGCGGCCCUCCAAGCGAUGGGACUUGUACCAAAGGAAAGCAUGGCUAAUACCACCAUGUUCAGGAGUGCCUCACACCGCUAGAUAUUGUUUUUUAUAUUGACAUUAUUUCGGAUAAUUUUACUCUGCACAAAGAAGGUAUUUGCCCGUCUCAUUUUGUAAAUACGUUGGCAAUUCCCAUGUUGUAAAAACUGUACAGACACCCGCAAGCUUUUCUUUUGUACCAUCAAAAAUGUAUUUAAAUCAUACUUAGUUUUUGGUAUGUUUAUAUUGUUUACAUUAGUGAUGUAAUUAUUUCUUAAAUGACUAAAAUUGGAAGACAGACUCUGGAGGCAUCAAUAAUCUAAACCCUUGUUUUAAAACUCAUGCAGUUUCUCUUCAGUACGGAAUGUUAACACUUUCAUACUGUUUUAUACUAUGAUGCAGUUGUCCCUGGUUUUGGUAAAGUUACUGUUGUACUUUUGCCUAUAGCCAGUUAAAGGCUGCACAGCUUACCCUAGUCUAGAAAAGGCUGGCAUGUACUGCUGGACAGAUACUGGGCCAGUUACCCCUAUGGGAUAGUAGGUAAUGGUAGCACUGUUGUACAGAGCUACCAUUACUUACUUCUCCUUUUGAAUUUUGUUUGGGGUUUCUCAGUGGUGUUCUGCAACUGGCCAUACGGCCUACAUUCUAGCACUAAAAAGAUUAGGCAAAAGACCUGCCUGAAGUGGGAGGGAAGAAAGUCCAGUGAUGGAACUGAUCAGAAUCGCAAUGUGAAAGUCUCUCUCCCUGCAUGUUCUGAUAAGGAAAUAUGAAGUUGUCUAUUCCAAUCUCAAAUUAACACACUGCCUGAUGUUGAUUGUAUGAAUGUGUGGUUAAUGUGAAUUUUAAACUAUAACAAAUCUUCAACUGGAUGGGGGUAGAAUGAUGCUUAAAUUGUUGUACCCAAGUCAGUCAAUAAAGCAGCACAAGUUCAUAAUCUUAAUCAUCGGUCAAAAAACACUUAAAUCUAUGCUAGAGCACUGAUUUAGAAGUCAGCAUACCAUCACGUGUUAUGGGGGGGAGGAACAGUAGUGACAGCUGGUAAGAAGGCAGAACACAACCAUAUUUCAGUUGCUUAGAAAAAUAUCAGGAUAACAUUUUGAGUUCAGAUUUUUUCAUGCUUGCACCACACUUUGGGAUGAGAUUUCUUUGAAAGUUUAAUCCAAUGUUUUGGCAGUUUUUGAAAAUGAAAGCAAUUGAGAAAACAGGGAAUCUGGUUUUUUCUCAUGUGCUACUUGGUUUUAGAGUCUUAGCAGCUGGUUGUAGUAAUUUUAAACUUGGGGACGAGGAUGGUCUCAACAAAUUUGGGUGACUUAAAAAACAUGGCAUCACAAUGAAGCUCUUUAAUAUUUAGUUAUUUCUGAAAACGUUAACAUUUUGCAUCUUACCGUUUGGUAUCAUAUCAGAUACACAGAGCUUUUAUGGGACGGGGAAACUAUAAUUUCCUAUGCAAACUGCUACAACCUAUAUCCUUCAAAUUGCAGCAGAAACCCGGAGAUAACAACAUUCCAAUCCUAUUUCCUCCAUGAACACACUCUAAUUCUGGAUGCUUUCACUAUCCUCAUUACUAAACAAGGCUUUACUGUAAUGCCAUAAGGGCCAAGUACCUGAUCUGGGGACCAGAUAACUGAGGGUCAGUGGUAUACCAGAAGGUCACUUAUGGUAAACUGGAAGUUGAACCUACCUAUUAAACGUGAUAGACAAGUUCCAUCCAUUUAGUUGCUCUUGGUAAUGGCAAAUCUGGGCUUGAUUAGAUUGUCUAAAUUCCUACACACCACUUAAUUUAUAUAAGGCAUUUUGACAGCUGAAGACAUGCUCUCAAAGAAUUAGUAAAAGUACACAAAAGAAGCCUCAUACCCAAUACUUUAUUGUGGUCUAGGGAAUAAUAGCACAUACUGAUGGGAGGGGGGGGUUCCUGUUAGAAGAGAAAUUCCAGAGUUCAAAUCAUAUUAAGACUGCAAGUUGAGGAAUUUAGAAGGUAUUUGAAUUAAUAUUGUCUGUUCACUACUAUCUUUUAAUUACAUAAUUAUAUCCCCCCAGCCUUAUUUGUUAAAUAAAGUAAUUGGUUGCCUCCUGUUUUGAAGUAGCUGAAAAAUCUUCAGGAAGAGUAGGUAGGUAUGGUACAACAGCAGAGAAUGGCACAGAACUGGGUUUUGUACCUGGCACCAUGCAUUUCUGCAGAAUUUUAGCUGUCUUAAAGCAACAUACUUUUAGAGAGGCUAUGAAAGUAAGAAGGGUCCUGCAGCUUGCAUGAAUGUGGAAUCCAUACCUUGCUGCAUAAACUAUUUUUAGAAUAUCAGUGUUCAUUAAAAAAGUUUUAAUCUUUCCUUGUUGUGAAGAAACCUUUGCUCAGCAGAAAUCUUGGUCUUCCUGUGGCUGCAGACCUCCUGAACCAUUCUAUAUAACUUUAGAAGACAAUAUAAAUAUCUUAACUAGUGAGAACAUGCAGCUCUUGCUUAAUUGCACUCCCAAAUCACCUUUCCAUGUGUCAGAAACUAACUAGCAUCUAUUUACCUAGCUGUCCACCCAAAAAUGACAUAGUAACAAUAUACCUGGACAGGUUAAAAUAAGUAUGACUUUAUUAGUGAUUGUGUCACUGGUCAUAUUUGUUCAUGGUGCAAGAGUUACAUUAUACCUUUGGAAGUAGUGCAAGUAAAAUUUAGUCUGCUGUGUUAGCAUUUAAAGUUCAAACAAACUUUAAGUCCAAAUACUGUUUAAGGAAGGGAAUUGUCUGUUUGAAAAGGAAAAGUUCAGGCCUAAGUCACAAUUUCAGAAUGAUGUUGUUGCACAAAUAUCCACGGGAAAUUAGUUUAGUUAUUUUUCACCUAAUCAAGUGCAUAUGAAAGUGUAAAUGGAU